UUGCCUCUGGUCCCACGGCUCCCGCUGCACGUUGCCGGGUGAGCAAUUCCAGUCUUGCUGAACGCAGUGCACGGUUAAGAGUAUAACAAAUGUGCUGAGAACCUGCAAACCAGCAAGACGUGAAAUGACUGUACACAGCUCUCUUCGCUCGCGCGUGCCCACGUGAGCGUAAGUUCAGGGGCUUCAUCACUUAUCGUGUCGAAAAAGGACAACCUUUAUCACAGGCCCCUGCGGCUUAAAGUGCGUCUUUUCCCAUUCACCUGCGUUUAAUGGUUCACUGGGUGCCGGCGCCGUGCAGACCAGAACCAACUUUUUAAAGCUAAAGACAAAGGCUAUGAAAGGGAAAUGGUGAAUAAGAUUUAGGAUACAAAAACACCACAAAAACAAACAAACAAAGAAAUAUGGACUGGUAGAGACUUGACGAAAACACCAUGGAGAGAUUAAAUAGCCUCCAUGAAUAGACACCAAUAAUCUCUCAUAUUUAACUAAUUUAAGUCCGUCGGUUAUAUUUCCUCUGCUUUUAAAGAACAAAUCUAGUACAUUUAGGGGAAAAAUGAUGCUGCAAAAUUCCCAAGAUCGACAUCGUGAUUACUGCAUUGAAAGGGCUGAAUAAAAAUCCUAGCACACAGCCCCAUUCGCUCGUGCUGCUGUACCAGGAAGAUGCAGCGCCAAUGACGUGCUUUCUCCAUCAGGUCUCGCGGGGACCUUUGUUUUGCAUCGCCUCCCAAUUUUGCAUUCAUUUCUCAGGUUUUCCACGCGACGUUUCUGCCGCCAGAAGCUGAGCGCAUUACCUCCGCAAUUGUACGCGCCACUUUCCAGAGUUCCGUGGUUUGGGGAAAACUCAAGGAAAUUUGAAUAAUUCGACAGCCUGCCAGCGGGAGCUGGAGAUUGCAUGCAUCUGCGCCGCGUUUUAGACGUCCACUUGCUGAGACACGUGCGAUACGGGUAAACAGGCGCCUUCGCACAGGGCUUGCCGUCAGCUCGCGGAUUCAUUUCGCUUUCUCCAUUUUUCCCUCUGUCGCAAGAGCAGUACAGUAGCUACAUUUUGCGCGGCUGCUUAGUUCUUUCAGCAUGUCGGAGGUCUUGCCAUACAACGAGGAAAAUAUGACUCAUUAUGGCAACGACGGGGACGAAGAACACCUUUCCUUCACCUGUCGCCUGCAAGACACCAACAACUUUUUCAGUGGUAACCAGAAUAAGCGACCACCAAAGCUCGGGCAAAUUGGGAGAAGCAAAAGAGUUGAAGAAGACAAUGACGCUGAAGCACUGGAGAAGAACACAGACAAGUCGUCCUCAUCAGCAUGAAUGGAUCCAAAGACACUUAACAUUUGAUGUGUAUAUCCAAAGACAUUGUAAAGAAGCACUCUCUCCCAUCUGGCAACAAAGCACUUCACACUUGCUCUCCAACUCCCUAUCUCCAUUAAACAGGGAUUGCUGAAGGACGUUGCAGUGGGCGUAUGUGGGAAAUCUAGAGGAAGGGCCCAGGAACGUGAAGGAAUACUGUGUUUUCCAAACUCCACCCGAGCUAUGUGCAAUGACAGAAGCUGAUCUCGUAAAUGAGCCUGGCCUGUCCUACCGGGAUGUAAUGAAGCAAUUAGAGAGACUGAGCGAAUUAUACCAUUAACAUCAGACCAGUAUCCCCUACCCCACCCCUUGCUCUAAUAUGAUGCACAGUUAGCUUGGUUACUAACUGUGGCUGUUGAUGUUAAUGGUAAAAUAGCAACGUCGACUUCUCUUCCACAGUGAAUUUCAAAAGGGAUUCACGAUGUAUUUAAGAUAAAAGGCUAUUUAUUAAAUCUUUGGAUACAUUUCUUUUUUUUGUUUUGUUUUCGCAGUGUUGGAGGUCUCAGCAAAAAUAUUUUAUAGAGAAUGGCAGAGAAAAAUGGCCGAGAUUUUCUUUAUGAUUUAUGUUUUUUGGAUGUAGCUUGACUAAGGGAUUACCAUGGUCUACCCCCUCCGUUAUGGUAAUUUCAUACAUAUAUUUGAUGUUUCUAAGAUGACAUGGGUUAGAUCAGGUAUGUGAAGUUCAAAAAUGGAAACAUUUCUGUUGCAUUACUAUUGUACUACAUAUUUACUGUAGGUGUGCCAAAUAAUCAUGACAGAAGUAUGUAUUUCUGUGCUCUCUUCACUUGCACAGUUUUAUUAAUAUUUGGUGUUCAUGUUUACAGGGCUUUUUUUCAUACUAGUGAUGUACUUUAGUCAUGCAUGAUGAGCCUCAAGACCUCAAGAGAAUCUUCUUGAUAUAAUGGCUAAUGUUGUGUUUACUUCACAGAACAUUUCUACGGGAAUAUCUGUAAUAUUAAAGAUUUUGAGAAACAG